CGGGAACAUGGUGGAAGUUUACUUCCUGAAGUAAAGCGGAGGACCAAAAAAUAAAGGAACACUGUUGAUAUUACGUCCCAGAUUUGCAGCCCAAGAAGAGCCAUCUGACUGAUUUUGUCUCAGGCCCAGCACUGCGCAUGGCCUGCAGCGUUCUCCAACCAGGCCCUGCCAAUGGUCACCCCAUGAAGGCACAGCUACAAAUCAUGGUAAUAUCAGCCAAGUUGAAGGAGAACAAGAAAAAUUGGUUCGGUCCGAGUCCAUACGUGGAGGUGGCCGUGGACGGGCAGUCCAAGAAGACAGAGAAAUGCAUCAACACGCACAGCCCCAAGUGGAAGCAGCCUGUCACAGUGAUUGUCACGCCAUUCAGCAAACUGGCGUUCCGGGUGUGGAGUCACCAGACACUGAAGUCAGACCUGCUGCUGGGCUUGGCCAUGCUUGACCUCAGUGAUGUGCUCAAGAACAAUGAUAUGAAGAUCUGUGAGGUAGUGCAGACCCUGCCUCUGUGCACGGACCGAGACCAGACAGACAUUGUGGGGGAUCUGUACGUGUGUCUAGAUGGGAUGCAGGUUGAUCCAGACAUGUUCACCUCUGCUGAAGCCAACAAUGAGAGCAUGACAAAUGGAGAGUUGCAGCCUGCCGAAGACAUCAGCGCAAGGAGGAGCAGAGAGGGCUCUCCAAGCGUGGCGGAUGCUAGCGAGCGCGUGUCUACCCCAAAUGGAGGUGUUAUGAACGGAACAGCAUCUCCCUCAUUAUCAGUGAGACGUUCACGACCCCCGAGACCCCCCCGACCAUCCAGACCCCCACCACCCACGCCUCGCAGACCUGUCUCUUCCCCAGCGUGCCCCUUGAGUGAUUCAGUGCCUGACACUGGAAACUCAGCAGCCACAGAGACACCUGUGCGCAACCCCACAGCCACUCCAGCAGGGGUGGCUCCUGACUCCACACCCGAGGUGCCAAGCCGGCCCACCCCCAGCAUAACCCCUGCCUCCAGCAGAAUGACCAAUGCUGGCCCUCUUCCCCCAGGCUGGGAGCAGCGAGUGGACCAGAGUGGCCGAGUGUAUUUUGUGGACCAUGUGGAGAAGCGGACGACGUGGGAGAGGCCAGAACCUCUACCUCCGGGCUGGGAAAGGCGCGUGGACCCACUGGGCCGUGUCUACUUUGUGGACCACAUCACCAGGACGACGACAUGGCAGCGCCCCACUGUGGAGACUGUGCGCAAUUAUGAGCAGUGGCAGCACCAACGCAGCCAGCUGCAGGGAGCCAUGCAACAGUUCAACCAGCGCUUCAUAGUUGGGGUACAGGAUCAGCCUGCAGCCACCCAGAAUGACCCGCUGGGCCCGCUUCCGCACGGAUGGGAGAAAAGAACAGACAGCAAUGGCCGAGUCUACUUCGUGCACCACCCCACCCGCUCCACCCAGUGGGAGGAUCCUCGAACACAAGGGCUGCUCAAUGAGAAGCCGUUACCAGAGGGCUGGGAGAUGAGGUUCACUAUAGAUGCUGUCCCUUAUUUUGUGGAUCACAACAGAAGAGCCACCACCUACAUUGACCCAAGAACCGGAAAAUCAUCACUUGAGAACGGCCCUCAGAUCACGUAUGUGCGGGACUUUAAAGCCAAAGUGCAGUACUUCAAAUUCUGCUGUCAGCAAUUAGCGAUGCCGCAGCACAUCAAGAUCACAGUGAGCCGCAAAACACUGUUUGAAGACUCCUUCCAGCAGAUAAUGAGCUUUAAUGCCUCAGACCUUCGCCGAAGACUGUGGAUCAUUUUCCCAGGAGAGGAGGGUCUGGACUACGGCGGUGUAGCCAGGGAGUGGUUCUUCCUGCUGUCCCAUGAGGUGCUAAACCCCAUGUACUGCCUGUUUGAGUAUGCUGGCAAAGAGAACUACUGUCUGCAGAUCAACCCUGCCUCCUACAUCAACCCAGACCAUCUCAAAUACUUCAAAUUCAUUGGACGCUUCAUUGCUAUGGCCUUGUUCCAUGGAAAGUUCAUCGAUACGGGUUUCUCACUCCCAUUUUAUAAGCGUAUUCUAAACAAACCUUGGGCCCUUAAGGACCUGGAGUCUAUUGACCCGGAGUUCUACAACUCUCUCAUCUGGAUUAAGGAGAACAACAUCGAGGAGUGUGGCCUGGAGAUGUUCUUCUCGGUGGAUAAGGAGAUCCUUGGGGAGAUCACCACCCAUGACCUGAAACCAGAUGGGGGCAACAUUCAGGUGACUGAGGAGAACAAGGAGGAGUACAUCAGGCUGGUAGCUGAGUGGAGGUUCUCACGGGGGGUGGAGGAGCAGACACAAGCCUUCUUCGAGGGCUUCAACGAAGUCCUGCCCCAGCAGUACCUGCAGUAUUUUGAUGCCAAGGAGCUCGAGGUUCUGCUGUGUGGGAUGCAGGAGAUCGAUCUCGUUGACUGGCAGAGGCACACCAUCUAUAGACACUACACUCGCAGCAGCAAGCAGAUCAUCUGGUUCUGGCAGCUCGUUAGAGAGAUGGACAACGAGAAACGCAUGCGUCUGCUGCAGUUCGUCACGGGGACGUGCCGUCUUCCAGUGGGAGGCUUCACCGACCUCAUGGGGAGCAAUGGCCCACAGAAGUUCUGCAUUGAGAAAACAGGGAAGGAGAACUGGCUUCCCAGAAGCCACACGUGCUUUAACCGGCUGGACCUGCCUCCCUAUAAAAGCUAUGAGCAGCUGAAGGAGAAGCUUCUGUUUGCUAUUGAGGAGACAGAAGGCUUUGGCCAGGAGUGAGACUCGACUCAUGCAAAACAGACAAACAGCAGGGAGCACCUUGGGAGAUGUAUACUGUAUAUGCACGCACACUGGAUGUAAUGAUGUUGUGCGUGCGCGUGUGUGUGUGUGUGUGUGUGCUGAACAGAAGUGGGGAUUUUGCGCUUAUGUCAAUCCUGUUGAACAAUCUUCUGUAUUGUUUGUGUAAACCUGGAAUAAUUUUUGUCUUUGCUAGACCCAUAUUCUAGAUCAGUGGUUUUCGACUUGUGCUGCCCCUCCAAAAAAAUUUUUUAUUUAUUUAUUAUACACAAUAUUCUCUGGAAAGAGAAAAGGUUUGCAUAUAACCAACACAAAGUCCUUUUAAGCUAGAAAUGUUGUCAAAAAUGUGCAUUUAAUGUAUUCUUAUCAACUGACAUUUCAUUAAGAAAUGAAAUCAUUCAGUAACCCUCAGACUAAUCCUUCACCUAGCUGUCUUGUUUUAAACUAACAUUAUUCUGCCAUUAAAGUUUUUAGUAGAAAUGAAUGCACUAUAACAAUAUUGUAAGAAUUACAUACCAAUGUUCUACAGAAUGCACUGUUUUGAACCACUGAUCUAGAUUGUAGUUCAUUGGUAAGUCGCUAGGGUUGGACUGCUUUUCCAAAACCAAGCUGUACUUCAGUUUUGCUUUAAAAAAAAAAAAAUGCUCAAAGUGAAGGUGGGGUCCAGAUUUUUGCUUGUGUAACAGGUUCAUCAAUGUGUCCAUCAGCAAAAAGCAAAUUGCCCUUUGUUUUUUGUGAAAAAACUCAUCCCAUUUAAGUGACAUACCCAGUAAAACCAGCAUUACACGCAGUUUACUGUGUUUUCAAAAAACAAGGCGGAGGUUUUGACUAUAUGUAGCAGGUGUGACAUUUCCUGUUUGGCUUCUACAGUGCAAUCAGGAGAACCCUGCCCGUGAUCCAUAGCCAGUAUUUAUUGCAGGUACGAGUGAAUGAGAAUUGUCUGUUCGUAACACCCUAGUUUUAUAGGGGCUUUAUUUUGAAGCAUCUUUUUAUAUAUAUUUCUGAGCCUUUGUAUCCGGGUUAUUGCCUUUCAAUGCCUCUCAACUUAUUUUAGGUUAUGCUAGUCUCAACCACUGAGGGGUGCUGUAAACCCUAUAAAAUCUACAGUAUUCACAAAGCUUGUAGAAUGGACAUGAUGUCUCUGAAGACAGACUAAUGGAGGGAAUGUGGUCCACAUCAGAACUCUGAAAUGCCUGAGUUAGUGAAUGAUCAGGGUCUUUUAUAUACAGCCUUAGUCCCGUAACCUACAAUGUGUGAACUUUCCCAGUAAAAGUCAGAAUAUCAGUGCGUUUGGGAUAUAUGGAAAAGAGUUGGGGGAGACACUUUUUAAGCUUGUUUGUCAGUCACACUAGCCCCAUUGGCUGUAACUAUGGGGUGUUAUUUUUCCCCAAAUGGGUAAUUCUGGCUCUCUUAGCUCUUAUACUUUAUCUUGAUUUAUCACGUGACUCAACCUCUUAACCUCUUUGCAUUAUAGAAAAUAACAUGAGUUUGUCUUCAUGUAUAAUGGAGUUUAAUUCUCUGGGAAAACUUGGUGUAUGUAAAAUCAUGUUGUUGAAUUUCUUUAAUAAAAAAUUCUUCUGUUAGAUAGAACUUAUGGGAAAACUGCCUCCCUCUGUAUAUGAACGUAAUCUUGUACAUUGUGUGAAUAUAUUGAUUAUCUUCCCUGUAAAAAAGUAAUGAGGCUUUUAGUAUUAAGAAGGGAGAUGGCUCAUUUCAAAAGCCGUUCCAAAGAUUCUGCACCAUUUUCGGUCAAUUUAUAUGUACAGUAAAUUGUGUUUUAAAAAGGUUGAAUAAAUAAGUAUAUGGGUAAAA